AUGUCGUUCACUCAUUGGGAUAAAGUACAGUGGCCAGAUCAAACCAAAAUUAUAAAAGGCAGAUUAAGAAAUCCAACAAUCAUGUAUAUACAAAAUUUAUUCAAUAAUGUUGGUGUUGUAACAUCUAUACUUUAUGCGAUAUUAGUUAUGGCAAUAAAACCAAUUCUGGUGAAACAAUUUUUACAACGUUGUGAAUUAAAUGGGGAAGCAUUGAUUAAUCUAAGGAAAUUAGUCAUCUCCCUGCAAAAGAAACUUAAGACAACACACAUAGCUAUACUAGGUUAUAACGAGAAAGGAAACUAUAUAGAACGUACAACCCAAACGGAAGAAAUUGAAGAGACUGUAGUUGAUGAUAUGGAAUGUCCAUGGGUAAAAAUUAAUGAGAAUUUACAAGAACUUAAUAAUGAUCUAGAUACAUUUAACAAACUAAAUCAAAACAGAUCUACUACUAAUUUAGACUUUUUCAAUUUGGGUGCAAAGUUAUUGGCUCAGGAUAUCAAUCAUGUUGAUAAUGCUGGACUACUAGCAGAUCAGCGAACUGAAAUGGUAAAUUCAAUACGAGAAAUCAAAGGUUGGUUUGUUGGUGGGAAAAUACGAUGA